GUUUACAAUUUAGGGAAGCUUUUUAUUUUCACAUUAAACAUAUUUAUUACAAAUAAAGAAGAAAAGUUGUGAUAUGAACAUUCUCUUAUAUUUAUUUUCAAGCAAUAUGUGUCUAGAAAUAUUCAAAACCUUCUAAAAUAUGCAUAACCUAAGCGAUACACUAGUUGAAAAGGUAGUGCAAAACUGUUUCAAUUUAUAUAAUAAGUUACCGAAGAAUGGAAAACCUAUUGAGAAAGAGUGGACAGUACUUUCCUGUUUUGUGCAAUAUGAUAAAUCCAAUGAGAGGACUGAGGUUGUAUCGUUAGGAACCGGCUCAAAAUGUGUUGGUGCCACGAAAAUGGUACCAAAUGGAAGUAUACUAAAUGAUAGCCAUGCUGAAGUAUUCGCUCGACGUGGCUUUUUAAUAUAUCUAUACGAGAAUGUUCGCAGAGCUUUAAAUAGUAAGGAAUCUAUAUUUUAUGAUGAUAAUGGGCAGCUUGUACUGAAAGAUAAUAUUGAAUUUAUAUUUUAUUCUUCCCAAUUACCAUGUGGGGAUGCAUCUAUAAUAUCUACACAAGGGGAUCAAGAGCAUCAUGGUGAUGUUCUGAACCCACAGAAACGGCCAGCUGAUGAUGACAAUUGUAACAUACAAGUUAAGAAAUGGAAAGGUGAUGGCUAUGUUCUGAAGACAGGGGCAAAAUGCCUUCCUCAUUGUGAACAAGAUGUGAAGGAUCAAGGAACAAAUAUUCAGCUUCAUCUCGGACAAGUGAGAACCAAGCCGGGCAGAGGAGAUAGAACUUUGUCAGUCUCAUGUAGUGAUAAAAUUGCUAAAUGGGUGCACUUAGGAGUACAGGGAAGCCUGUUGAGUAUGCUCUGUGAACCGGUAUACAUAAAACAUUUUAUAUUCGGCGCUGGCGUUCCAUAUUCAAAAGAUUCUUUACACAGAGCACUUUUAAACAGGCCAGAGUGUUCAUCAUUGAAAUUGGAGGUUGAACCUCAGUUUUAUCAAACCUCUUUAGUGUUUUCCAAUAUAAGCUCAGAGAAUAAUACAAGACCUGCACCUGGGAGCAUUGUAUGGGUGAAAACAACUAACCAGCUCCUAGAAGUAGCAGUCCAAGGCAGAAAGUUAGGCGUCACCGUUAAGAAAGCUAUUUCACCUGCCUGCAGUUUGAACAUCAGUAAAUACAACCUAUACAAACAAUUCUUAACAGUUCUUAAUACAAAUGAAGAAUUAAAACAAAGAAUAUGUGGCCAGGAACAAAUUGAGAGCAUACCUUACAAUAAGAUGAAGAAAAAAUCAACAAAGUACUAUGAAAAAUGGUUAGAUGUUAAGGAAAAGUUUUUUAGGACCUGGACUGUAAAACCUGAUAUGUGGGAUUUCUGUGUUAACUUAAAUUAAUUAUACAAUCUAUAA